AUGCGCGCUCGUGUCAAGAAGGGAAAACUGCAGCUGCACAGCUAGCCACGCAGAGGAGUGAGAGAUCAGAUUCAGACGCAUUGUCAUUUGAAACACCCACGGGUUUGUCUUAUUUAAGUUAAAGACAAUCUAAAAUUAAGGGGAAUAUGCGUGUCAAGAAUAGAAAGAAAAGUGGAGGAAGCCGUGGGAGUUAAAGAAGUCAGUGGACUGGUGAACCCUGAGAUACCCUGGCCCCUACAACCAUCUGACUCAGCUGCAUCCAGUGUUGCAGUGGGAGGGAAGGUGCCAGCUCAGAACUAAACCAGAUUGAGUGUUUGAGACCUGACAUUUACCCCGAAGUCAGCUGUGCUGUAGAAGAGCCGGUUCUCCACACAUUGCUUCCCAUGGAGGGCUUUCCUGUCCACUGACCCAGCUGGCUGUCCCUCCGGACCAGCAGCCAUGUCUGCCUGCAACACCUUCACUGAACACGUGUGGAAACCGGGCGAGUGCAAAAACUGCUUCAAACCCAAGAGCCUCCACUGCUUACCCGAGAGCGGCCUGAGGAAGACCCAGACUGAGCAACGGCCAUCACUCUCCCAGCAGCAGAACCACCCCCUAGCCGGAGCCGGACCCAACGCAAACCUCACCAGCACCUCACAUAGGGGGGGUAACAGCUCUGCACGCCCCCCUGUAGCCAAGAAGCCAACCAUUGCUGUCAAGCCUACUAUGAUGCUUCCCUGCUCCUCAGCCGGUCUGGACUUGGAGGGAAAUAUCCACAGGCCACCAGAUGCCGGUGAACCCGGGAAAACCUCUGCCUUCACGGUCUGGAACCGCAAUGGCUUGAACCGCAAAAGGCCCUGUGGGUCAAAUAACAAUGAAGGGGAAAAUGCCAGGGAGGAGAUCGAGGGUUAUGUGCAGCUUAGCCGGCAUGCCCCCACUGGCAACAACAACAAUGGUCUGACAGACAUGCUAAAAGAGAUAGCGGGCCUGGGCCCUGGCCCCAGCCUCUGCCCUGGCUCCAAGGACCUGUUUUUUGGACGCAUUAGCAGCUCCUACAGGCGCUCCCUGGAGAGGGGCCUCCCAGCAUCCAGCUGUCUGGCAAUGGGUAGCAGCAGUGGAAGUGGAGGACCCCUUCAGAAACGAGUGUCCCUGAAUGACAGCACAGACGUCAUCAGCACUGAGGGAGGCCGCUUCUGCUACCCUGAGUUCUCAAGUGAAGGGGAGGAGGAUGACGAUGAAGAGGAGGAGGAAGAGGAUGAUGAGAGCGAGGAGAAUAAUGAUGGGGAACAUGAGAGUUGGGACGAGAGUGACGAGGAGCUGCUGGCAGUGGAGAUCCGCAUGCGGGGACAGCCUCGCUUUGCCAACUUCCGAGCUGCCACGCUCUCCCCGGUGCCCUUUGCAGCAGGCAAGAAGUGGAACACGGUGCCGCUGCGCAAUCGCUCGCUGCAACGGAUCUGUGCUGUAGACUACGAUGACAGCUACGAUGAGAUCCUUAACGGAUACCCCUCCAUGGACUCAGGAGGACAUGGUCUUCUCCAUUAUGGUCCCGGUGAUCUGCAAGGCAGUGCCUUCCUAUCCAACUCCGAGUCCACCACUUCCCCUGAAUCCUCCUCAUCGCUUCCAGAAGACUCCAGAACUACUUCCAGCAGUGGUAGCAGUGCGCCCUCUGGCCUGAGAAAUGGCCUUCACUCUCCGUCUUCUUCAAAAGCACCCAUGACCCGAGCUGCUGCUCGUGACAAAGAACAAGCCCACAGAGCUCUUAGUCCAAUGAAGAUAACAGAGACACAUAAGGCUGUCCUAGCCAUCCGAUUGGAGGAGCAGGAAGGUAGGGAGGGGCCUAUGCCCCAGGCUCUUCCUGGUCAGCCUGUCACAAUCAGCUUCAGCCCAACGGAGGAGCAAGCCAGACCUUAUCGUGUUGUAAACUUGGAUAAGCCUCUUAUCUGUAAGCCUUACACAGUUGUGGAUGUGUCUGCGUCCAUGACUCACAAAGAGGAACAUGCUUCAGACAGCAAUCCCAAACUCAAGACUCACCGCAUUCCCACCAGUCCAGUGUCUUUACCCACCUCCCCUUUGGCCCAGCCUCUGUCUCCUGCAUCUGCCAUGUCCCCUACCUCCCCCAUCUCCCCAAGGUCUGUCCCACCUUCUUCAUUGGGGGGCAAUGCAUUCAAGAAAUCAGGGAACAUCCGCUACCAGGAGGUGUGGACCUCCAGCACUAGCCCUCGUCAGAAGAUCCCAAGAAUAGAUCAAGAGACGGGGGGAGCACCUGGUCCUGUGGUCCCACCCCGACAGUGUAGCCACAAGUCAGCCCCCACCUCUCCCAUCUCCGGCCUGUCCUCCUCUCGGACAGUACCCGUGAAAUCCCCAAAUCUGUCUGAGAUCAAGUUCAACAGCUACAACAAUGCGGGAAUGCCACUUUUCCCUAUUAUCAUUCGUGAUGAGCCUGCAUAUGCACGCAGCUCCAAGAAUGCAGUCAAGGUGCCCAUUGUGAUCAACCCCAGUGCUUAUGACAACCUGGCUGUGUACAAGAGUUUUCUGGGGCUCAACGGUGAGCUACCCCAACCAAAGGGGGUCAGAGUGGCCAGCCACACCUACGAGGAGAUUGGAUCUGUGGAGAGUGUCCAGUCCUCCCCAACAGAGAAGCUACCCAGCAGUAAAGCUGCAUUGGACAAAGCUGCUGUUGAAGACAGGAAAUCUGCUCCUGGGGCUGGCCUGAAUCCCCAGGAGGCCCACUCCAAAACCACUACAGACUCAAGCACUGUACCAAGCACAGAAGCCUCUGCUGCCACAUGUUGUACUGCUCUCUCCACCAGUCUAACGGUCACUGCAAGCUUGCCCAAAAGCAGCCCCAAUGGGGACACGUCCAGUAGGGAGGGCAGCACAGACUUCCCUCUGUCCCCUGGAACUGGGACCGCCCAUCGGGAGAAGGCCAUCACGGUGCUCUCUCAGAUUGUGGCCUCCAUUCAGCCACCUCAGUCUCCCCCAGAACCCCCCUCAGCCCAGUCCAAAACCUGCAGCGUGGAGGAGCUCUACGCUCUUCCUCCAGACGCUGCUAAGGAGACCCUUGGUCGGCCAAAGUCUUUAUUUUCUCCCACUGAUGGCGUUCUCUCCAAACCUAGGAAAGACACGCCCUCAAAGCAACUGCCCAAAUCCCAAAGCGCCUCAGCAACUGUCACUUUGUCCAGCCCCAAGGCCGAGCCUAGCGCUCCCUUUCCCCCUCCCAGGUCCACCUCCUCUCCUUUCCAUGCCUCCAACAUCCUCCAGAGACACUUUGGCAACUGGACCAAGCCGGCUUCAAGCUCGCCCACAAGGCCCAGUGACGGAGAGACCAGCCCCGGUGGAGGAGAUGGCAGACGCGUAGGAGCUGAGAACGCCAAACCUAAACGAUGGAUCUCUUUCAAGAGUUUCUUCCGUCGGCGAAAGGAUGAGGAUGAGCAAAGGGAGAAGGCAGAGAGGGAGAAGGAAAAGGGCAAGAUGGUGGGGCUGGAUGGGACUGUAAUACACAUGCUGCCUCCUCCUCCCAUCCAGCGCCACCACUGGUUCUCCGAAGCCAAGCCCGAUGACCCUAGCCAGAAGCCCACCAUCAUAUUCACCUACAAGCCAGACUGCAGUGCCUCCGGUGACGGGGAGGGGGAACUGCGGGUGGAGGAGUGCAGAGACACCACAGUGUUGGCCUCGGAGGACAGCAUCGUCACGACGACACUCUCCCCACGGCAGAGAACAUCUCCACACACCCCAGGGAGUGACCUCCCCAGACAAAUCAUCAGCGAGUUGCCAGGCAGCGCUAAUGAAGGCCCCAUGGCCACAGCCUCCUCCCAGCUGGCCAGGCUGCAGCCAGGCUCUGUGGGGGAGGCGUGUGCCCCGGCCAGUGAUGGCAGUGCCAGCGUAGGUGACCCAGAUGAUGACGGCUCACACUCACCCGCCUCCAGCUCCUGCAGCGCCACCUACAGCAACAUGGGUCUGUCUCGAGCCAACAUGAUCCCCCUGAAGCAGCCCCGCAACAUGAAGAGCUCCUUCGACACCCUGGCGUCGCUCGACCUGGACGGCCCCCAGGCCACCCCUCCUCCGCUGCCGAAGAAGUCUGUGUCCCGCUCCACCACGGAGUCCUCCAGCCUGGCCGUGCCACAGGCUGGGCUGAAGCCCAAGGAGCUGCCACAGGGUGUGCUGAAGCCCAAAGCUGAAGCCAAGCCCGGGGGCAGCAACUUCAGCGUGGCCAACCCUCUCUACGACCUGGACGGUACCUGGGAGACUACCAGCCAGAGCUCCUCCCUCAGCUCUGAGCCCCGCCCCCACGACCAGGAGAGCGGCGACUCCCUGGAGAGACCAGUCACCGGCGUCAACAAGGGCCGUCCGGCCAACAGCCUCUCGUGUCUGGCGUCGGCUCCCAGCGCGACCACGGGGAGGGAGCACAGGGGCUGCCGGAGUGCCGAGUCCCUGGCUGGCAGGGCCCGCACCACGGGCAGAGGGGCCGGGGCCAGAGGGAGCAGCAAGACCCAGAGACAGGCGCUGUACAGGGGCAUGGACAGCUGGGAGGAGGUGGUGGGCAGGAUUCGAGGGCUGCACACAGACACUCUGCGUAAGCUGGCGGGGAAGUGUGAAGACCGUUUCAUGGCGGGCCUGAAGGACCACCUGCGCUUUGGGAACGACAGCUGGUCGCUCUUCCGCCUCACCACGGGAAGGCCGUGCUGCGAGGCUGGGGACGCCGUGUACUACACAGCCUCCUAUGCCAAGGACCCACUGGUCACCUACGCCAUCAAGAUCUGUCGCAGUAAAGUGAAGGAGACCCAGCAGCGGUUCUUCCACAGUCUGGCUGUGAGACAGAGCUUGGCCCUGCACUUCAACAUCCAGCAGGACUGUGGACACUUCCUGGCUGACGUGCCAGCCCGCCUGCUACCCUGGGAGGAGGAAGAAGAAGAGGAGGAGGAUGAGGACGAGGGCGAGGAAGAAGAACAGAAAACGAAAAACAAGGAGACAAAGACUGAGAAAGUUGGUGAAAGCAACACAACGUCCUCAAACACAACCCACAACGGCCAAUCAGAGGAAAGUCAUGCCAUGAGUCACAUGGGCACUACGGGGCAGUUAAGAAGUCGCGUGGUGGUCAUCACCCGCGAGGUCCCCUUCCAGACUGUUGCCGACUUUGUCCAGGAGGGCGAGGUGCGUCACGCCAGGACCCCAGACCUGUACGAGCGGCAGGUGUGUCUGCUCCUACUGCAGCUGUGCUCUGGACUGGAACACAUGAAGCCCUACCAUGUGACCCACUGUGACCUGCGUCUGGAGAACCUGCUGCUGGUGCACUGUCAGCCUGGGAACCCUGGAAACCCUGGGAACCCUGGGAACCCUGGGAACCCUGGGAACCCGGGCCAGAUGGAGGCCAACAACAAUGCUGCCCCCUCUGGGACUGGCCUCACUACUGCCCCUUCGGCCGCCUCUGUCGCCGCCAACUCCACCUGCCCCGCACGUCUCAUUAUCAGUAACUUCUCUCAGGCCAAACAGAAGACACCCCUGGUGGUGGACCCCGGCGCCCUCCGCAGCCAGUCACGUCUAGCGCCUGAGAUCGUCACGGCAACGCAAUACCGCAAAUGCGAUGAGUUCCAGACGGGCAUCCUCAUCUACGAGAUGCUGCACCGACCCAACCCCUUCGAAGAGACGCCUGACCUGAAGGAGAGGGAGUACACCUGGGCUGACCUGCCGCCACUGCCCAUGCGCUCGCUGUACUCCCAGGGGCUCCAGCAGCUGGCCAGCCUCCUGCUGACCGUCAACCCCUCAGAGAGGAUCCAGAUGGCCGAGGCCCGGGCCUGCCUGCAGUGUCUGCUCUGGGGGCCCCGUGAGGACCUGUUCCAGGUGCUCACCAACGCCCCAGCGCCGGGAACCAACCCCAGCCAGCGGGAGUCCACGCUCCAGAACUGGCUGGACCUGAAGCGAACCCUGAUGAUGAUUAAGUUUGCAGAGCGCUCCCUGGACUCUGGGUGUGGAGUGAGCCUGGAGGACUGGCUGUGCUGCCAGUACCUGGCCUUCACCAGCACAAACUCACUCAGCAGGGUGGUGCACAUCCUCCAGCAGACCCAGGCCCAGCCUCAGAGCCAGGCCCAGCCUCAGAGCCAGGCCCAACAUCAAACCCAUACUUGUCAUGUGACCCAGGCCCAGCCUCUUUGAGAACCACUCAGCCCUACCUAACGCCACGUCUCUCUUUAAAGAGACCCCAUCUUCUGUUCUUCACUGAUGCGAAUGUACGACACCAGUAAACUUUUGCCUUUUUGGCAGCAUUCACUGUUCUCAGUCUAAAUAAUGUGCAGCAGUGUAAUUCCUCUCAUGCUUGUCAUGCACACAGGAGUAUGGUCAGAUCAGACACACUGUCCUGGGGAGGUAAACACUAGUCUGCAUCUGCUUGGGCCAACGAGAGAUGGAUGGAUCUCAAUUAAUUUAAAAGAGCAACCAUAAGUAGUAAGGUUACAUCAAAAAUCUAGAGUCACCAUAGCAACACAGGUCGCAAGCUCUAGUUGGUAUCAGUACCCUUCCACCACGUGACUAAUUGGUCCCAAAAAGUUCAGUCAUUCAGUAGUUGAUGAUGUCAUGAAUCUGGACAAUCGUGUGUGUGUGUGUGUGUGUGCUUGGAAGCAGUUGACUUGAGGAAGGAGGGGAGCUCUGGAAAGAUCACUUUGAAUGUCCUUGUGUGACACACUCUUUAGAAAUCAUUUCUAAAAGACAGAAAGUAUUCUACCUGUUUAAAUGUCAGAGAGCCAGAGCACGGUUUUGCACGUUAAAAUCUCCAGAUCUAACAGUGUCAAAACACAGUCAUGUUCUGCUGUGACAUUUUGGAAGCAUCUCUGAGUAGUUACCUUUACUGAUAGUUUACAAGUAUUGCGGAUAGGAAACUAUCCUACAAAUUCUUUCAGUUUUCAGUGAUUCAGAGAGCGUGUGCAGAGUGGAGCUUCCAGUAUCAACAUGAAGCAUGCUGGCGGUGCCCUAAUGGAUGAGGGUGGACGCAGUAUAAACUGGGGAACAUUUCUCCAACACACCUUGCACUCUUGGUUGGGUAGGUUGAACUAAAUGCCCAAAUUUCUAGAAUUACGAGAAAUGACAAGAUUUUAGAUUUUCUAUUGCAUUUACUGUAUAUAUCUAUAGAGUUCUAUCUACACCACCAAAAGUUAAUUAAUCUCAACCUUAGAUCACUUUUAAGCACUGAAAACUGGAGUGGACAAAAAAAUGCUUUACUUCCUCAGAUAAUCUAUAAGAGUAGGGUAUAGCUCAGUGGUUAGAGCAUUAGACUCCAGAUCAACAGAUGACAGGUUUAGAAACCCCCCAUGUGCUGUAUAUUGGUUUAGAUAAAAGCAUUGGCUAAAAUACAUUAUAUUUGUACCAUUAGUGUCAUGCAAACUUUUGUCACCAAAGAUGUGCCCUCCGGUCUCUAAAAAAUACACAAAAUUAAGUGAUAUAGAGUUGACGGCAUUUAAAAUAUUUUUAACAGAGGUAUUCAUUUAAUUAACUUGUUGGAUAGAGAAUUAUCAUUGAAGUGUCCUUACUGGGCUUGUUCCAAAAUCACCUGGCUGUGGACUCCAAAAAAGCACGGCUGACCAUUUGGCUUGAUGCAGUCACCAGAACAGGACUUGGGCUCAGAGGCUCCGGGACCUUCUGGUAUCAUGUGUUGGAGGGGAAAACACUCCUUUGGGCUUUUUCUUUGGAUUUGUGCAAUUAUUAAAAUGUCAACAACAAAAAUAUAUAAAUGAGCUUAUAACCCAUAAACAUCACAGUAUUUUAAACAUGUUUUCUUUGUCACAAUAUGCGACUUUGUUUCACAUAUUCUCUUCUAUGUAUUUUGUGGCACAUACUAUGACUGAACUGACGAUGAGGAUCAUGUGUCAUAUUUUAAGAACAAUUUGUAGUGUGGAACUAAGACUAAUUCAUCACAGCGGUAGGGGAGAUGGUAGUACAUUUCAAAGGACUGCACAAUCAAACAUUUGUACUUUUAGUUUGUACUUUUUUGAAUUGUUU